CUAGUUCUGAUUGUGGUUUGUUGAUAUUUUUGAAAGUACACGUCAAACCAAACCAAACCAAGCCAAAAAAAAUAAAUACAAAAGCGGUGUGAACAGAUAAACAGUUAAAUAUUUUUGGCAACACCUUGUUAAGAUCUUAUCAAUUAUAAACAACACAUCAAUGGGGAGUGUUCAACAGCUUGUAGCUGAUUUCACUACACUUGGAUUGGAAUCUAAACGAAGAUUUCCUGAAAUUAAACAAGGUUGUGAUACUGCUAUCAAUCAAUUAAAAUCAUUAGAUCAAACCAGUCCCAUUAAUGAUAUUCAACUUAAUGAUAAUAGUACCGUCAUUAUACCGUUUAUCAAUGCAUGUAAGUCUGGGAAUGCCAAAUUGAUCACAUUGUCUAUCCCAAUUAUUCAUCGAUUGAUCAUGGCUACUAUUAUCCCCCCUAGUUGUUUGAAUGAUUUAGUGGAUUCCUUACAAGAAGCAAGUAAUUUAGCUAUUGAUAUUCAAUUAAGAAUCUUACAAUGUUUACCUACAUUGAUGCAGAACUAUCAUACUUUUUUCACAGGGCCAUUGUUGAUUAAAUUAUUGACUGUUUGUUCUAAUUUAACAGCAAAUAAUAAAUCAACCGUGGUUAUAAAUACUGCUUCAGCAACUUUACAACAAUUAUUCAGUAAUAUUUUUGAUAUAAAUCCUGAAAGUUCAGAUGAAUCAGAAAAUGUUCAUGAAGUCAUAAUUGAUAACGAUGAAGUGAUCAAAGUCAAUGGUGAAUGUUUUGAAUGUUAUAAUAUAUUCCAAGAUUUAUGUAAAUUGAUUGAAAAUGAAUCACCCAUGUUCUUUACCAAAGCAAUUCAUAUUAAAGUAUUAUCAGUAUUGGAAAUUGUCGAAAAUAUCAUUAUAAAUCAUAAACUAUUAUUCCAAACUCAUCAAGAAUUAGCAUAUUUAUUAAGAAUUAAAAUCAUUCCAUCAUUAUUAAGAAUUUUAAAUUCAAGUCAUCAAAGAAAUUUCCCCUAUAUAACAAGAACUAUGAGAGUUUUACACGUUUUAUUAGCAUCUCAAUUAGAUAAUUUAGAAAUUGAAUGUGAAAUUGUCCUUUCAUUUUUAAAUCAUAUCUUAUUAAAUAAUGAAAAUGAAGGUGAUAUAUGGGAAAAGAUUUUGGUGUUAGAAACUUAUAAAGGAUUAUUUUCAGAUUUUCAUUUUGUAAAAUCAAUCUUUGAAAAAUAUGAUAACAAUCCAAGAAAGAAAAAUGUAUUACAAGAAUUAAUUGCCAUUUUAAAUACUUUCUUACUGUCAAAUUCUUAUUUGUUUAAUGAUAUUGUUAAACGUCCAUCAAUUGUUAGUCAACCCCCAUUACAACAACCAUCUUCAUCAUCAUCAACUUCAACUUCAUCAUUACAAACUCCACAAUCACCUAGUAAAAAUCAAGAUCAAUCAAGUCCGAUUUAUUUAUCCAAAUCAUCAUCACAUUUGAAAACUCCACUUAUUGAUCAUUUUGAUAAAUCAGAACCUCCAACUCAAUUACCAAAGACUUAUCCUAUUUACUUAAUCUAUAAUAUUUUAUUGUCAUAUGCCGAUGGAAUAGCAGGGUUUGUCCAAUCAUUAUCAAAUGGUUCUGAUCCAGUAAAUCUUGAAGCAGAUGUUGAAUUUACGAAUGCAUUCAUUGAAUCUAAUUUUAAAGAUAUUUCUGUUUUAUUUGAAAGAUUUAUUUAUCUGGCUAUGGAUGAUGAGAGUUUCCAUUUAUUGAUUCGUUCAUUUCAAAGAUUUACUCAUUCGACAGGAUUAUUAGGAUUAACUUCCAUUAGAGAUGGGUUAUUAAUUAUUUUAUCAAAUUCAAUUACUCAUAAUAUCUCGAAAGAUGAAUCCAAGACUUUAACUAACAGUGGUUCAAGUUUACAAUUACAGGGGAAACAAUUAUUAGCAUUUGGAGAAUCAUUAGUCGAAUCAUUUAGUUCAACUUUGACUUCACAAAAACAACCAUCGGAUACUCAUCCACAACCACAUCCAUUACAAACAUCUGUACCAGUGACGGUAAGAUCAAGAUAUAUAAAUUCAAGACAUGUAACUUGUUUAAGAGCAUUAGCCAAUUUGGCUGUUUCUUUAGGUUCAACCUUACAAAAUUCUUGGACUAUUAUUUGGAUUACAUUUCAAUGGUGUGAUUAUUUUAUAAAUGGACCGGAUGAAUAUAGUGGAUUUUUCAAUCAUAAAGCUUAUAAAUCGUUCACUGAAGCACUGUUACCUCAAUUAUCACCUCAAGAUAUUAAUAAUAUUGAAUUAUCAAAGAAGAAGUUAAUGGAUAGUUUCAAAGAAUAUCCAGUUGAAUCAUAUAAUGAAUUAAUCAAAGCUAUUUUAGAAUUAUCUAAUCGCGUUUUUGAAGAACAAGAUAAGCCAAUUACUGAUAUUGCAGAAGAAGACGAAGAUGAAGAUGGACCGGAAGUUGAAUAUGAUGAGAAGAAACCAUUCACUCCCCCUUCAACCAAUGGUCAUAGCAAUAACCAAGCCCAUAAGAAACACACUGCUCUUAGAACAUGUCCUUAUAACAAGACCUAUUUCGUGGAUAGAUUGUUGGAAUUUUGUCAAAUAGAAUCUAAUAAAUUUCUUAUAUUAGACAAUAAAUCAUGGGAUUUAAUCACGGAAUAUUUUAUUAAACUUGGGAAUAGAAGAGAUAUAGCUUAUAAUUUGAGAUUAUACAUUGUUCAAACUUAUAAUCAAAUCAUUAAGAACUUGAGUGAUGAAGGAUUUGGGGUGGAGAAUGAACAGGUGAAUUAUCAAACUUCAAUUAAAUCUUUAGAUGGAUUAAAUCGAUAUUUGAUUGGAUUAUUUAAUUUAGGUAUCCCACAUGAACUAUUGGUGUUAAAUUGUGAGACUGAGAUUCAUUUAUCAACUUUAACUAUAUUACAUCAAUUGAUUGAUCAAUAUGAUUCUUAUUAUAAGAAUUCCUGGCAUACUGUGUUUACUAUAUUAAAUACUCCCUUUAAAGUCACUCAAGAUACUUUGAUUAAUAAAGAUGAAGUUAAUUUAAGAGAACGAAUUAGAUUAUUAAUUGAGAAAUCAUUUGAUACAUUGAAAUUAAUCUUGGAUGAAUUUUUAACUUCAAUUCCAUCUAAUCAAUUGAUUUUAUUGAUUGAUACAUUAUAUAACUUUUGUUCCCAAACUUUUGAUUUAAAUAUUUCAUUUAGUUCCAUCAGUUAUUUUUGGUUAAUUAGUGAUUCUUUAAAAUCUCGAAUUUUAAAAUUUGAUAAUGAGAAGAGUAAACUUAUUGAACAAGAGAUAAUUCAUGAUGAAGCUGAAUUAAUAACUAAAAUCAAUCAAACUCAAAAUGAUAAAGAUGAAUAUUUAUAUCAUACAUUGAUUAUUAUUUAUUUAUUAUCAAAAUUAGUUAAAUUAUCAUUAGAUACCAGAGCCCAAGUUCGAGAUGGAUCGAUUCAAACCUUCUUUCAAAUCAUUGAGAUUCAUGGAGAUUUAAUAACUGAAUCCAAGAGUUGGGAUUUGAUUUAUACGAUUGUGUUACCUAAUUUAUUUAAUAUUGAAUUAAAUCUUACUGAUUCUAAAUUCAAUAGAAAGGAAUGGAUUGAAAGUUUACAUUUGAUAUUAACUGGAUUAAUAUUGAUUUAUAAUAAAUUCAUGAUUAAAUUUGAUCAAAUUCCAAAUAUAAUUGAUAAAUGGAUUAUAUUAAUUAAAUAUUUUACCAAUUUAUUAAAUUUUAAAUGGAUUGAUUUGAAUUUAAAGGUAUUUAAAUCAUUUCAAGAUUUAUUAAUUCCAUUUCAAGAUUCUAAUAUAACGCUCAAAUCUGAAUUUAGAGAUUUAUUAUUUAAAUUCUGGUAUGAUAUUCCAGUUGAAUAUGAUUUUAUAAAUCCUUUAUAUCAAGAAUCUAUUACAUCGUUUAUGAAUUGUUUUACUCCAUUAUAUCCAAUCAUUAAAUCAACUGAUGUUAGCAAUGAAGAAAUUCAAAUUAUUUUGAAUUUAUUAAAUAAAUGUGCUAGAUAUCCUAUCUUACCUGAUAAUCAAGGGGAUAAUGUUAAACCAUCUAAAUUACAACGAGCAGUAUUGAAUAAUUUAACUAUUAUUCAAAUUGAUGAUGGAAAUAUUAAAUCCCAAAUCAUUCAACAAUUAAGUAAUAUUAUAGUAUACCCAUUUGGAACUCGAUUAAGAAUUGAACAAAAAUUAACUAAUAAUAAAUUAAUUAAUGGGAAUAAAUUCAAAUUACCUACAUUUAUUGCUAUAAGUCAUUUAUCAUUAGAAUUAUUACGAGAAAAAUUACUUGAAUUGAAUGGAGAUGAUUUUGCUAUCUUAUUAAAGGAUAAAGGGAUUAAUAAGAUUUUAAAAUCAUUAUUAGAAGUAAUUAAAUCAAGAUCAAUUGGGAUUGUUAGUAAAGAGAAGAGUCAAAUUUGGAUUGAAAGUAAUGUAAUUGUAAAGAAUAUUAUUAAACAAUUGAUUGAAAGUGGACAAGAUAUUGAUGAAGAAUUAUGGAAAUUGAUAGUUGAGAGUAUUAAAUUAUGUUUUGUUAAUAAUAAAGAUGAUGACAAGAAGAGUAAUGAAGAUGAAUUAAUUAAUAUUGAACAAUAUCAAUCCUUGAUUGAGAUUAUUUUACCUCGAUUAAUUGAAACUAGUGGGAAUAAAAUUUUAGAAGAUUUUAUUGAAACGAUUUAUGAGAAUUCAUUUUUAUAUGAAUUUGAUGAACUGGAAUCAUUAAUGAUUAAAGAAAGUAAUAAUGAUAGUAAUGAAUUAAUAUCAUUAAUUAUUAAAUUUAAUUUUAAUGAAACAUUUGGUAGUACUAAAACCAUUAAGAAAUUUAAUAAUAAAUGUACUCGAUUUAAUUGUUUAACUGAAUUAAUUAAAUUUUGUUUAAUACCUCAAGAAUCAAUAUUGAAUAUUACUAGUCAAAAUUAUUUUAUUAUAAGAUCAAUAUUUUGUAUUAGAAGAUUUAUAAGUGAUCAAAAAUUAUUAUAUAAAUGUCCAAUAUCGAAGAUUCAACAACAAGAAUUAUUAAUUAUAUUGAGAGGUAUUAUAGAUAUAAGACAACGAGAACAAGCGAAAGAAGUUGAACAAAAGUUUAAACAAUUGAAUGGAUUGAUGGUUAAGUUGAUACCAUUUUCCGAUAGGAUUAAUGGACUUGAACAAUUAUUAGAAAUUGUAUUACAAAAAUUAACAUAGAGUGUAUAAUGAAAUAAAAUAAAAUCAAGUAAAUAAAGUAAAAUUAAAUUAUUAUAUAAUCAAAUCAUAUAAAAUCAUGUAAUUAAUUAACAGGAGGGGGUGUAAAUGGAGGUCAGUGUGUAGUUUUGACGUAAAAUUGAAAAAUAGACGAAGCGAAGCUAUACGAGUUCUAAAUUUAGAAGUAUUUUUUUUUUUUUUUAGUUUCUUUUUGUUUUCUGAUUUAUAUAAAAAUUGACAUUAAUUAAUGGAAGGGAUUGAUGGGUUGUUGAUGAUAUGAUUAAUGGGUUAAAUAUAGAACCGUUGUAAACUGUAAACCAGGUAUGAUCCCCGGAUACGUUGGAAUCAUUUCCUAUUAGUACUGAUAAUAAUAAUUAUAGUGAU